GGUCAGUAGCGGCUCUUCAGCCCGGGUGUCGCGGGUCUGUGCUCCUCCGCUCGGUGUCCGGUCUCCGGGAUGAACGGCUUCAGCACGGAGGAGGACAGCCAUGACGGGCCGCCCGCGCCGCCGUUCUUCGGGCAGAGCUGCUGUCUGAUAGAGGACGCGGAGCGGUGCGGGCGGCCGGCGGGGAACGCGUCCUUCAGCAAGAGGAUCCAGAAGAGCAUCUCCCAGAGGAAGCUCAAGCUGGACAUCGACAAGAGCGUCCGACAUCUUUACAUUUGUGACUUCCACAAGAACUUCAUCCAGAGCGUGAGGAACAAACGCAAGAGGAAGACCAGCGAUGAUGGAGGAGAGAGCCCGGACCACGAGGUGGAGGUGCCCGAGGUGGAUCUGUUCCAGCUUCAGGUCAACACACUGAGACGCUACAAGCGGCACUACAAGAUCCAGACCCGGCCCGGCCUGAACAAAGCUCAGCUGGCAGAGACUGUGAGCCGUCAUUUCCGGAAUAUCCCGGUGAACGAGAAGGAGACGCUCACGUACUUUAUUUAUAUGGUGAAGAGCAGCAAGAGCCGGCUGGACCAGAAGUCAGACAGCAGCAAACAGGUGGAAUAAGCCAUGGUCAGGAGCACAGGACCUGAGUGAAAGCAUGCAGAGACGCUCGUGCCUGCCCAUGCUGCUGCGGUGUGUGUGUGUGUGUGUGUGUGUUGUCCAGAAGAGCCGCAUGCUUCAGUUCCUCUGCGAGAUCUUCUUUAGUUUAGCGUGCUGCUGUGCUGUGCUGGAGCGCUGUACUCCUGCUCCACACAGUCUGCUGUUAGUUUCCUCUCCUCUUUCUUUAAUUCUUUGACUAAAUACAGUGAUUGUGGCACUACUCCAGUCUUCCUCCAUCAUUAUCCUCAUCCUCAUGGUGCUGCUGCUGUCUGUGGGAGAUGUGUGUCUGGAUGAUGAUCAUCUGCUCUCAGCCGCUAGCAUAUGUCACUGCAGUGUUCAGAUUAUCUGGGUUAUCCAGCACAAUAUGAGCAUUUUCACGAUCAGAGAUCAUUCAUAUUGUGACCGAUUGGGCUGAUGGUGUUGGGCAGCGAGCGUCUGCAGUCAAUAUACAGGAAUAAUCAAACAAAUGCAGAGGAAAUGAGGCUGAUUAAGCCACAGAACACAGACGAGCGCUGUGUGGUGUCAGGUGGAGUCUGACAGCAGUGAUGUGCAGAAGUGUAGUCUUCAUCAUACUCAUCAUCAAACUCGGCGAUCCUCUGCUGAAGUGCCACACUGCACUCUCUCCUGUCCACGAGGGUGAGCUGCAGUUGAGCUCCUGCUGUGAGGACCGCAGACACACUCCCCAUGCUGAACUCAUCUACUGUGCAGCAGUGUGUGUGUGAGUGUGCGUGCGAAUGAGUGAGUGAGUGAGUGAGUGAGUGUGUGUGCGUGACCCUGAUCAUCUGAUCUGUCUGAUUUAUUUGUUUUAUUGUCGGUUAUGGAGGUCAUUUGUGUCGGAGUAUGUGAUUUCGUCUUGAUAAAGUCCUGCCUUGUCGUGGGUAACAGA